GUUUCGCCAUUUGAUCAGAGACUAUGCUAAACUGUCCUAUAAUGUGAAGGCGUAAAAUUUGUACAUUUUUUACUCGGAGGUCUGCACCACAAGAGUUAUACACGUUUGCUGCAUGGUCACUUUGAUGCAGUUUUCCCAUUAGCUGCUGUUACUGGAUAUAAAAUGAGUUUAAGGCAGGGUGAAGAGCUGCUGCUCCAUGAACAGCAGGAGCCAGAGAAACCCACAGAAUGAAUGUUUCUGUGUAUCCUGGAUUAACUGGAUCAAAGAAGCACUUAAAUCAGUCAUGUCUGCUGAGGAGUCGGCUGCUGGGAGACUGGGACCUCAAAAGACAGACUAAAAGCGAAGGAUGAAUCAUUAUGUUGAAACAGGACUGUUGCAAACACAGACUGUUUCCCCCGACUCAGCUUAGUUUAGCCUCCCCUCGACUUCCUGUGUGAAUUUCCCUCCUGCGUUGGGCAGUUUCCACACGUCGCCCUAAGGACUCACUGAGCCCCAGUAAAAAGACACUGUAUCUCCAGUCAUGUCCAGGUCCAGUCGACGGUACAAGCCUCUGCAGCAGAGCAACGGCAGCGGCUCUUUCCCUAGCUGUGACCGGGUUCGGAUGCCCCGGGCCCGGGUACUGCUGUUCUGUCUCCUCGGGUUUCUGGUGCUAGCGGUGGUGCUGGGAGUCUACCUGUCCAACGACACAACCAGUGGAUACGUGAACCGCCUGCCCACCGCGGAUCUGACCAAAGACAGGUUAUCCCACAAACCCAGUAAGUGCUCUCCAGCUCAACUCCGCCGCCUGGCCUCUCAGGUGGACGGGACUCGUCUGUGGGAGACUCACCUGAGGCCCAUCCUGAUAGAGAGGCUCCCAGGGACACAGGGCAGCCUGGCCGUACAGCAGCACAUCACCUCCACCCUGUCCUCGCUGUCUGCUGGCUGGUCCAUAGACCCAGACUCCUUCAAGUCUCCAACCCCUAGAGGCCCGGUCACCUUCACUAACAUCGUUGCCACUCUGGACCCUUCAGCCCCUCGGAGGCUGCUCCUGGCCUGCCACUAUGACUCCAAGGUCCUGCCUCCCGACCCCCAUGCGCCAGAGAAGGUGUUUCUCGGGGCCAGUGACUCGGCAGUGCCCUGUGCUAUGAUCCUGGAGCUCGCCACUUCUCUGGAUGCCCAGCUUAGAUCAUUCAAACAGCAGAAACUUCCAGUCUCCCUUCAGCUCGUGUUUUUUGACGGUGAGGAGUCGUUUGAAGAGUGGACGGCCACGGACUCGCUGUACGGCUCUCGCCACCUGGCUGAGCGGAUGGCCAACACGCCUCACCCCGCAGGCUCCUCACACACCACCAUGCUCCAGGCUGUGGACCUUUUUGUGCUGCUAGACCUGCUCGGCGGUCCUGACCCACUGAUCGCCAAUCACUUUGAUAACACGGCACGCUGGUUUGAUCGUCUGAUUGCUGCAGAGAAGAGACUCCAUCGACAGGGCCUCUUGACAUCUCACCCCUCUGAGCAGACGUACUUUAGGAAGGAUGUUUAUCUUGGACCUGUCCAGGACGACCACAUCCCCUUCCUUCACAAAGGUGUCCCUGUGCUACAUGUCAUUGCCACUCCCUUCCCACAGUUCUGGCAUACGCUGGACGACACAGAGGAGAACAUGCACCGUCCCACUGUAGAGAACCUGACCAAGAUCAUGGCUGUGUUUCUGGCUGAAUACCUGGGCUUCUGAACACAAAACACAAACAUUAACAGAUGUUAGAGGUGAAGGUCCACACAGCUGUCACCUGAAACCCUCUGCUCACUGUUACCCUGUUCUGGAGUACUAGUGCUGUUUAUCUCACUGGUUACGAAUAAAGGACCAGGUGCACAAGAGGAGACCCCGAUGAAAUGAACUAAAUGGAACUGGGAUACCAGCUGAACUUUGCCAAAGACUUGUCCCUGCUGGUCCGGUUUCCUUGUUUUCAUUUAAUGAAUGAGUUGGAGGCCCUUCUCCAACUGUCUGGGAAUGUGAAGUGGAUACAGAGUCUUAAUUAAAAUUUUAUUGUAAUGGCUAAUGAGCACGGUACCUGAGGGGAACCUGGGAAAUGUGUUUGUGAUUUCAAAAGCCCUCUAAAUUAAUACUUUUGCUUAAUUCCUGUUAAAACAAAAUCUUAGCCUUAUCCAUAUUAUUAAUCAUUGAUUACUAUUAUUUACCCCAUUAAUAUGAUUGAGAUGCACUACUGUCUUUUUAAUAACAGACUUCACAAUCAGUUGAGCUCUCUGAGCUGCUGUGAACACUGUUCGUACAGUGAAAAUGGUGACAGCUAGGUCAUUUCUGUGAAUAAUCUUCAUUUUAUCUUCACAUGAGUGAAGCUCCUCUUGGCCUUACAACCUGCUAUUAUUAAUGGCUAGCUAUAUUAUGUGGCUGUACUGCACAGUUUGUGUCUGUGUAAUGAUAUUAGAGUGAAAAGCCAAUGAAUGUGAUUUUACACCAAGGUGUAGGGAAAAGUCAGCAAUAAAGUUUUAAUGGUUUCAGAUUUUGAUGCACCUUUGGGAAGUCAAAACACAAAAAUGCUGAUGAACAUUUUACCAGCUUAGUCUCAUCUUUCCUUUAACCAGAUGAAGAACAUGAUUGUUAUAAAUGUCUUGAUACCAUGUGGGAACAUAGUGUGUAAGGAUGAGUGAGAGACUUUCCAAUGUGUGUCGAUCCUCUGCAGGGCUUUGCAGCACAUCUGUGAACUGGUAUGUUGAAUUUAAAUCCAGCCAUAUGUCGCUUACUUUUAAAGUCUGUCUUAUAUUGUGUUCUAUGUUUAAGUCAAGGUACAAUGUCUGCUGAGUCAUGUUUUGGUAAUAAAACUUUAC